CAAAGCCGUCCCCCGCAAGUAUGACCGCAGCCGCUGCCACGGCCGCCGCCACGCGCCAUGCCUCCUCGUCCAACAGUGCCAGCGCCCCGGGCAGUGCUCCGCUAUCGGUGGCCUCACCAGCCGCGGCCAUUGCCUCCUCGACUGCCUCGCCAUCCGGGUCUCUGGACUUCCAUCGCGGCGUGAGCCCCUCCUUUUUGCUGCGGUACCGCCGGCAUUUCCGCCUCCGCGCGCGUCACAACCCCUCGCGCGCCGAAUUGGCGGCCGUGGUCGCUCGGCACUUCGCCUCCAGCAUCGGCGUCCCCACCAGCGGUCCGAUCCCCGGUGGCGCGGGCCCGGUCCAGCUCCCUGCCUCUGGGGCCCUGGCCGCUCCGACCGGCCCUGGCGGCGUCCUCGACGAGGGCAUGAUCAUCGCCCAAUUCCUGUGCACCGUCAAGAGUCGCCAUCGCAUUGUCCGCCCGACCUUCUCCGGGAUGGACAGCCUGCUCCUGCCCCCGACCACGGCCCCGGCCGCCCCGGCGACGAGCUCGACCCCCAGCGCCGCCCCUUCGACCACCGGCGCGUCGCAGGCCCGCAAGGCCGGCAAGGCCUCAGCCAGCGGGCUGACCUCCCCCCGCACCGGGCCGGUGGCCGCCGCCUCCUCGCGUCCGACCACCCCGUCGACAACUCCCACUGCGCCGGCGGCCGCCUCCUCGGGCCCGAAGCAGACCCCCGCGGCCCGGGCCUCCGGGACCCCGGCCUCCAAUCGCACGGCGGCCGCCGAGGGCCCCGGCAGCAAGGCCACCGGCCAGGGGGGCGGCGCCAAUCGCACGGCUGGCUCCUCCGCCUCUUCGGCCGCUGUGGCCGCCGCCGCGGCCGCCCUCUCGGUUCCCACCGGUGCCGGGCCUGCGGUGUCGGCCGGAUCGCGCGUCGAGCCGGUCAAGUCCCUCUCCUCCUAGAAAGAGUGAGGGCGCGGGGAGGCCCCGCCGAGGGCGCGCACGCUUGUGCCCCCCCCCCCCCAUAUCCGCCCGCGCUCGUGCCUGCCCGCGUGUCCCUCCUGUCCUUGUGUCUCCUCCAGCAGCCGCGCGUCUCCCUCUCUCUCUCUCUC